UUGUUUUUGUCAGUCUUUGUUUUUGUUUACUGGAGCUGGUCAGUCUGUCAAUCAUCCUCUUGUUUCUCUAUUUUGUGAUUUUGAUUUAAAACUUAUAAAAACUAUAAAAACUGACUUGUUUUGUUAAGUGUUGAACAACAUUUUGUAUAACUGUAAAUCUCAAAUGUUUGUAUAUCAAAUCUUUACACAAUAAAUACAGAUAUAUCAUGUUUCUGAUCAUUUCUCUGUUUCAGUUGUGAAGAGUCAGACAGGCUGGAAAGUGAAAUACUAUCGGACUGAAAUCUGUGCAAAUAAAGGAUCAACUGUGUCCAUACUUUGCUCAUAUAAUUAUCCAGUAAUGUUAAAUGGAGUCAGCACCACUGUUAAAAAAAGCUUCUGGUUCAUCAGAACUGAAGGAGAACCUGUAGACCUGAAAGAAGAUCCAGAAUACAAAGAUCGAGUGACUUACAUCUGUAAUUCAAAGAUCUGUCCUCUGAGAAUCUCUGGAGUGAGAGAGAGCGACUCAGCAGUUUAUAAGUUCAUGUUCAUAACAAACCAUCAAACUGGACGUUACAUCGGAGAACCUGGAGUGAGAUUAACUGUUGGAGACCUCCAGGUUCUGCUGGUUUCCACAUCAGUCCAGCAGGAAUAUUCAGACGUUCAGCUAAAGUGUUUCAACAGAUGUGAUCCAGAUGGUUUGGAGGAAUAUGUCUGGUUCAUAAACGGAGAAGAAACCAGAUCAAGGAUUCAGUCUGAAACCAGUCAGACGUUUCUGUACAGAAGCUGGGAUUCUUCCACAGACAGGAUCUCUUGUUCUCUGAGAUCUUCAAAGACGGAUCAAAGUCCUGAAGUUUAUGCUCCACAAUCUCCAACUGUAUCACUGGAUCCUCCCACAGAGAUCCUGGAGGGCAGUUCAGUGACUCUGACCUGCAGCAGUGAUGCUAACCCAGCAGCUAACUACACCUGGUUCAAGAAGACAAAUUCAGAUGUUAAAAUGAUCUCUGGAGGUCCACAGUUUGUCUUCAGUUCCAUCCAUUCCACAGAUUCUGGAGAUUAUUUCUGUGAAGUUGAGAACCAGCUGGGUUUGAAACAAUCUUACCUUAAACUGGAGGUGAAAUAUGCUCCAAAGAACAUCUCUGUCUCUGUGAAUCCUCCUGAGAUCCUGGAGGGCAGUUCAGUGACUCUGACCUGCAGCACUGAUGCUAACCCAGCAGCUAACUACACCUGGUUCAAGGAGAACAAAGACUCUCCUAAAUCAGAAGAACAAAUGUUCACCAUCAGUGACAUCACAGCAGAAGAUGGAGGGCUUUACAUCUGUGUGGCUCAGAACAAACUGGGCCAGCAGAACUCCAGUGUUCAAGGGUUUGUUGGAUCAGGUUCAGUUGGUUCACCUGCUUUAUGGUCGAUCCCUGCUGCUCUCCUGACUCUCAUCUUCUUGGUUGUUUUAUUCUUGAAGAUCUUCAGAAGGAGAUCCUCAGAAGAAUCCUCAGUGAUCAGGAGUCAAGAUGAAGAUGAUCAGACACUUGAAGGUUCUGAUCGUGACGAUCCAACAUCCAGACAUCCAGCAGAGGAUGAAACGGAAAUCCACUACGGCAGUGUGACCUUCACCAAGAGGCAGGAGGAUCCUCUCUACUCCAACAUCAAAGCAAAGAGAAGACGGGACGCUCAUGAAGACAAAGAAGACGUGGUGUACAGUCUGGUCAGAUCAUCCAGGAAUCCAGCUGACUGACUGAUCUGCUGUAUGAAAAAAAAAACCCCAUUUAUUUCCAUCUUUAUGAUCCAGUAGCAUCUGUAUGUUAAUCUGCAGCUUUAAUCUAAGAAAUGUACAUUUAUAUACAGCAAUGUUUUAUUAGCAGAAAGUAUUCAGUCAGCAUGAAAAAGUAUUUUUGUAGCCACUGAUAGCAGUUAUGUAGGAACACAUUUACUUUGAUCUGUUUCAUCAAAGAAUCAAAAACCUGAAUGUUAAAAAACACAGAAAAGUCAUAAAAAUGAGAAAAAUACUAAAUGAAUGUGUCAACUGAAGAACACAGGAAAGCUUGUUACAGAACACAAACAUGCUUUAAUUUAAAGAAGAAAAAGCAGCAACAGACCAGUGGAGUCAGUUCUCUACUCCACUGCCCUCAAACUAAAGAAAACUUUAUUUUGAAAUAGUUUUGUUCCUGAAUGUUUUAGAGAUAGAAAACACAGUGACAUUUAUGUCAUUACUGUAUAUUUAUUAAUAAUUACAAAAGUAAUCAUGCUGGUUAAAAUGGUGUUUUAUAUAUUCAUUGUCACACUUCAACCGUCCUCCUCCACCGUCAACCACCAGAGGGAGCCGACGCCUGACUUUGACUCUCAUAUUUCACCAGUUGUUCCAUAUCAGGCAAUCAUAUCAAACUGUAUUUAGUCUGGCACCACGCAGAGACGUUUUUAUUUUUUUUAUUAUACAGAAAGUUUGUGCAGUCUUAUCAUGUUUGAUUCUCUGUGUUCUGACCCGAGCCCGUUUAGCUCUCCUGCUUUGCCUCAUUUGUUUGACUCCAUCCUGGUUUCGACUUUGCCUUGCCCUUGUCUGUUCUCGCCAUAAAAAAUGUUUGCAAAUGGAUCAAACAUCUCUGCCACUUCAUCACAAUAAUAAAGAGCAAAACUUUAAAGCUCUGGAAAUGUUUCUGUUUCUUUAGUGCAUUUUUUAUCUUUUGCCUG